AUGAAGGCAAUAUUAGGUUUAUUAGCAAUAAUUGUGUUAGCACAAGCUGGAUUUGUUUAAAAAUAUCCAUUGAACUAUUCUAAUAAAAGAAACAUUAUGUCAAUUAUGACAGAAGUUGAAAGCAAACUCUAAACUAGAAAUCCACUUGACACAAUCAAAGGCAUUUUGAACAACUUCAAAUCAGAAGUCGCUUAAGAAUAAGGCAUUCAUGAUGAAGUUUAUAAUGCUUAAAAAACUGAAUGCGAUAGUGAAAUUGAAUACAGAUCAAAGGAAGUUUAAGAGGCCAACAGUAUCCUUACUAGUGCUAAUGGUAUUUUAAAAACAGCAAAAAUCAUCAAAGGAAAGACUAGUGCAACACUUGAUGCUACUGAAGAAAUUUUGAACACUGCAACAAGACACAUUGAUAUGAUUAAUUCAGCCAGAAAAGAAGAUACUCAAUCAUACAACAGAGCUGCUGUAUCAUUCAAUGAUGCAAUCAAUGCUAUUGAUGAUUCAAUCGAUUUGGCUACUGCUUUGGCUAAGGGACAAAUCAGUUUGGCUUAAGUUGCUGAAUUAUCAACUAAAUUAUUGAAAUCAGCCUUGGCAACUAAAUUAAUUUAAGAAUUUAGACAACCAAUGGCUGCUUUGGCUGCAAUUACACAAGAGGAAGAGGCUGGUGCUGCUGAAAGACUUGUUUAAUUACUCCAAACUUUGAGAACCGCUGUUGAAACUGCUUGGACUGACUAUACAACCUCAAAUUAAUAAGGUCUCCAAUAAUUCAUGGGUCAAAAAGAUUUAUACACUGCCACAUAAGAAAGAUUAGACAAAGCUAAGUCAAGAUUGGUUGCUAAACUAGAAACAACUGAAGGAGUUAUAUCAGUUUAAACUGCCGUUGCUCAAGCUGCCACAAAUAGAAGAUCAAGAAAUCAAAAUUUAUUGGAAGAUGCAAAUGAUUUAUGCCACAGUUUUGAAGUUGAAUAUGAAGCUGUCACUACAGGAAGAAGAUAAGAAUUGGUCUUAAUAAAUGAAUUAGAAAGAUUAGCCACUAGAAGAGCUGCUGAAUAAUAGAUUUGAUUUAUUUUCAUUUGCUUUUUCAUUCAUACGCGUUUA